CCUCAAGUUUCCGGGGAGAGCUAGAGCCCCAGGAGCCACAAGAUAAGGCGGGUUUGGCCGCAGAACCCAGGUGCCAGGCCUUUCAUUAGGACCCAUAGUUCUGACCUCAGCGAGCCGGGGCUUCUGCACUGAGGUAGGAGGGAUGCUGGCCAGCAGGUCAGCCAGUAGCUCUGGGAGAAAGGUUGCUGGGAUGGGGGGCUCUGUUGCCCUCGAAAUUACUUCAUUUCCUUCUACUUAUAUAGCCUACUGUCUGGGUUCCUGCUCUGUUGAGUAAAUGUUUCCUGACCCUCCCCAGGUGGUUGCUCAGUUUACAUCCCCCAAAGUUCCUCCAUUCAGGCCCUGGGGAGGUGUAGCAUCUCCUGAGGAGGGAGCAUUUUCUGAGGCUAACUGGGGAAGAUGGGAGAGGGGGGAUCCUGAUAGUUCCCAGUUCCUGGCUGGAGUCCCCAGACGAUGGACAAGCAGGCAGAAAAGUAAGGUAGGGGAGAGAGAAGAUCAGGGACAGAGGGCCCCUUCCUCCAUCCAGAGUCCACAAGGUUAACUCCUCAAUUCAGGGAUUAUCUCCUCCCCUAGGCUUACGCCAAGUGGCCCAGCACUGGAAAACCAGGAGCUCAGAGCACUGUGACCACAGAGACAUCUGCAUCUGCUCUAGGGGUGGCCAAGGCAGACUGCAGGCAGAUGGGGACAUGACGUGCUUGGGAGAGGCCACAGGGCAGAGGGCCACCCUCUAGGAGAAGCACCCCGGGCCCUCUCUCUUGGAGAGCAAAGCUAGGGGCAGGGGCAGAGCAACCCGGGUCCGCACCCUCGGAGCAGUGGGGGUAGAGAGAGGGGCAGGGGCAGAGGGACCCUGCAGUGGGAGGCAAGUGGGCACACACGACAGAGGGCCGGCUCAGCCCGCCGGGUUGCCCUCGGGGCUGGGGGCCGGAGGGCCUUGCUGCCCCCUGCCGUCGCGCUGCGUCGCGGCUCUCCCCGCACGAGUCGUAAGGUCCUGUGACUCUCCAUCACCCACUCGCGAGACCACGCCGCCAGGUGGCCUAAGUCGACUGUCCGGACCCCAUCGUCGCCCUCGGCCCAUUGCCCGCCCCUCUCAGGCUCUCGAGACCGGCCCCUGCCUGCGCAGCAUGCGGCCCGCGGACCUCGAGGGUCCCCGUGCGCUCGGCGGGCGCCCUCUGCUGCGUCUGCUGCUCCUGCUGUCGCUGCUGCCAAGGCCAGUAACCCGCGCUCAGACCACUCCGGGCACCCCAACCACGCCGGGCACCCCCAGGGCCUCGACAGCGCCAGGCACCCCCAGCACUCCAAGUCUGCGGGAGCGCGCGCGGGCCCUGAUGCGGGACUUCCCACUCGUGGACGGCCACAAUGAUAUGCCCCUGGUCCUGAGGCAGUUUUACCACAACAGGCUGCAGGAUGUUAAUCUGCACAAUUUCAGCCACGGCCAGACCAGCCUGGACAGGCUUAGAGAUGGUCUCGUGGGUGCCCAGUUCUGGUCAGCCUACGUCCCAUGCCAGACCCAGGAACGAGAUGCAGUGCGCCUCACACUGGAGCAAAUUGACCUCAUCCACCGUAUGUGUGCCUCCUAUUCUGAGCUGGAGCUUGUGACCUCGGUUAAAGCUCUGAACAGUACCCGAAAGUUGGCUUGCCUCAUUGGUGUGGAGGGUGGCCACUCGCUGGACAGUAGCCUCUCCAUCUUGCGUACCUUCUAUGUGCUGGGUGUGCGCUACCUGACACUCACCCACACCUGCAACACGCCCUGGGCAGAGAGCUCAGCUAAGGGCAUCCACUCCUUCUACGACAAUGUCAGCGGGCUGACCAGCUUUGGUGAGAAGGUGGUGGUGGAAAUGAACCGCCUGGGCAUGAUGGUAGACUUGUCCCAUGUCUCAGAUGCCGUGGCACGGCGGGCCCUGGAAGUGUCACAGGCACCUGUGAUCUUCUCUCACUCAGCUGCCCGGGGUGUAUGCAAGAACGCUCGGAAUGUUCCUGAUGAUAUCCUGCAGCUUCUGAAGAAGAAUGGUGGCAUCGUGAUGGUGUCGUUGUCUGUGGGGGUGCUGCAGUGCAACCUGCAAGCCAACGUGUCCACUGUGGCAGAUCACUUCGACCACAUCAGGAAAGUCAUUGGAUCCAAGUUCAUUGGGAUUGGCGGAGAUUAUGAUGGGGCCGGCCGGUUUCCUCAGGGACUGGAGGACGUGUCCACAUACCCGGUACUGAUAGAAGAGUUGCUUAGUCGUGGCUGGACUGAGGAAGAGCUUCAGGGUGUCCUUCGUGGAAAUCUGCUGCGGGUCUUCAAAGAGGUAGAACAGGUACGAGAGGAAAACAAGAGGCAAAGGCCCUUGGAGGACGAGUUCCCGGAUGAGCAGCUGGGCAGCUCUUGCCGCUCUGUCCUCCCGCAUCUGCAUCAGAGACAGUAUCUGACUCUGGACCAGAAAUUAACCAAGACUCCGAUGCAUUGGAUGCCCAAGUUAUUACCUAAGAAGUCAUUCUCAAAAUCCUCCCCCGACAUGGCCCCAGGCCUCACCGUUAUUGCUGCCUUCCCAGUCCUUAUUCUGUGGCUCUGGUGACCCACUUAAUCCUGCCAGAUGUCACUUUGGCAGCCAUGGACACCCCACAAAGUUCCCCUGUUGUGCAGGCUCAAACAUUUCCCGAAAAUAAAUGUUUUAG